UUUUUUGUUCAGGAUAAAUCCUUGCAAAGAAGGAAGAAAGAUCAAGACCUAUUGAAAGAGGUACUUCAUCAACUCCAACCAUAUCCCAUGAUAGUGAUUCCUCCAUCUGGUGGCUACUGGGUCGAAGGUACAGACCAUGAAUACAGGUUGGACUUGGAGGGAAACUCUGAUGUUCCAGAGUACACAUCACCCAUUCAACUUGAGCUUGAUGACACCCCGAGUCUCUAUCGGAACAUUUUUGUGGGCUUGGAUCACUUCAAUUUCACUGCCAUUGAUCCAAAUAUGGGUCAUCUAGUAAUGUCUGUUAAAAUAGAAAAUGCUUCUGACCAAGAUUGGGUAUGGAUCCUCCUUAG